AUGAACUCCAACAGUACUGAGUCCUGGGUUUUUAUCAACACCUCAUUUCCCCUCCUGCCUGUACUAGCCAGUUCCAGCAACAGAAGUGGCAUGGAAGCAUAUCUCCAAAAACUAGCUCAUUUAGAUGAGGGACUCUACAAUGACUUCUAUGGCCUUUGGAUUGCACUGAUGGUCAUAAACUCUCUCAUAUUCCUAGUGGGCAUGGUGCUCAACAUUGUGGCACUUUAUGUUUUCUUUUUCCGCACCAAGCAAAAGACCACAUCAGUGAUCUAUACCAUCAACCUUGCAGUGUCAGACCUCUUGGUGAAUCUCUCUCUGCCGACUCGCAUCCUGCUUUACUACAGUGGAGGAGCUUGUCUCACCUGCUCCUACCUGCAUAUCUUCAGCUACUUUGUCAACAUGUACUGCAGCAUUUUGUUUCUGACCUGUAUAUGUGUCGACCGUUACCUUGCCAUAGUGCAGGUUGAAGCAUCCCGUCGUUGGAGGAACUCCGGUGUGGCCAAAUGCGUGUGUGUCUCUGUCUGGCUGUUUGCCAUUGUGGUCACCUACUCCUUCCUCUCCACUGCUUUCCAGCACACAGGCUGCUGUCUCUCAAAGCUCCUGUUCCUCACAAUCUUUGAGUUUUUUCUACCCCUCGUCAUCAUUGUGGUUUUCACUUUGCGGAUAAUGUGGGCCCUUGCUGAUCGCCGCCUGAUGCAGCAGAGCAGGGAGAGGAGAAGGAGGGCUGUUCAGCUGCUGACCACUGUGCUGAUCAUUUUCACUGUCUGCUUCACACCUUUCCACAUCAGACAGGUGGUGGUGUACUUCUACCCUGACAUGCCUCAUCAUGUGAUAGUCUACCACUUGACUGUCACUCUCAGUAGUUUGAAUAGCUGUAUGGAUCCUGUUGUCUACUGCUUUGUCACAAACAAUUUCCAGACCACGAUGAGAAAUAUUUUCCGUCGUGCAGAUCCUGAGCAGACCAGUGGUGACAUCAUCAGCAUGCAGCAAAGCUCCAAGGGCUCAGGAGGAACAGUCUACGCUAUCUCUAAUAAUGUGAUCAUGAUGACCAAGAUUCCCACCUCAGUGUAGAGAGACAAUGUGGGGAAGAACCAUACACUGUAAAUCCCCCUCACAUGAGGUGAAGACACCUGAAAGUUGCCUGGGGAGAUAUUACUAAUAUUUCUGGACUCUGCAAAAUGCUGACCAGUAACAACAGCAUUAGUGUGUGAUGGCACAGUAAGGAGAGCUCAGGAUUGACAGCCAAUGCUGUUAUUAAUAAUUUA